UGCCACUACAGAGCCUUCUUGGGACAAUGCUCCUGCUCUUUGUCCUGCUGAGCACUGCACUGUCUCCCAGAACUGAGGCAGGGGAGAUCAUCGGGGGACACGAGGCCAAGCCCCACUCCAGGCCCUACAUGGCAUAUCUGCAGUAUUUUCAUGAAGAAUCUUAUAAACGAGCCCGAUGUGGUGGUUUCCUGAUCCAAAAGAACGUGGUGAUGACAGCCGCUCACUGUAAUGGCAGCAUGAUCAAUGUGACCCUGGGCGCCCACAACAUCCUACAGAAGGAGGAGAGUCAGCAGGUGAUCCCCGUAGGCAAAGCCAUCCCUCACCCCAACUACGAUAAAAAAUACUACUCUAAUGACAUCAUGUUGCUGAAGCUCAAGAGUAAUGCCAAAAUCACUAAGGACGUGAAGCCCCUCAAACUCCCUCAGUCCAGGAACAAGCUGCGGCCAGGCGAGAUGUGCAGUGCCGCUGGCUGGGGGAAGAUGUGGCCGAACGGAAUGUUUGCUGAGAAGCUGCAGGAGGUGGAGCUGGAGGUGCAGGCAGAUAAGGAGUGUGAAUCUACGUUUAAACGCUACUACAAACCUGACACUCAGCUGUGUGUGGGGGAUCCCAAGACAGAAAAUGCCACAUUUAAGGGAGACUCCGGGGGUCCCCUCGUGUGCAAGAACGUGGCCCAGGGCAUCGUCUCCUAUGGAUGGGGGAAUGGAUCUUCACCCCGGGUUUACACCAGAAUCUCCAGUUUCAUGCCCUGGAUAAAGGACACCCUGAGAAAGAUGUAACUGUAGCUUCUGAUGCCUCCUCUGCACUCCAGCAUCACUUGUGGU